UAGAAGCUAAUCAAGCUAACCAAGCUAACCAAGCUAAACAACAUCCACGAGCAAAGGAUCUACCUUGCGCCUUUGCUACUCUAGUUCCUUUAUAUAAAAAUUUGGGCCUAUUAGAAUGUGAAACUAAAAGUUCACAAACCAUGCGACAUGCAAGUAGUAAAUUACCCCAAGAUCGCCUUCCAUUAUAUAAUAAUUUUUUUCCUGAAUUGGUUCAAAUUCAAACACAUUUAGAAGACUUUUCUUUAUGCGAAAAGCAUUAUAAUCAAAUUAUUGUAUCUGAUUUUUUACGUCAAAUGCUUGUAAGUUCAAAUAUUCCUAAGAAUAGACGUAAUAAUCAAAAGCGGCAAAUAAAUAGUAAUGAUUUUGACAAUAGAAUAAUUAAAAAGCAGGCUCGGUAUUCACAUGAAACAGAUGUUGAAAAAAAUAUGUGUGAAGUUGGCGUACAAGUUAAUCAGGAAACCCAUGAGGUUGGUAUACAAGUAUCUGAUAUUACUCUUAAAAGUCAUGUUUAUCUACUUCAAUUACAGUUAAACUCAAAAAUAAAUGAGAUAGAAGAUCUUAAAAAACAAUUAAAUUAUGCAUAUGAUUAUAUAAUAGAAAGUUAG